AUGGUGCGAAAAGAUCCGAUUUUCGAGGCCCGCACGAAUGUGAAGCUCCACUCCAACCGCCUAAAAAAAGAAGCCUCCCGGGCCGAGGCGACCUUCAAAUCCGAAAAAGCCAAAGCCGACAAAGCCAUGAAGAACCGCGAAUUUCAGAUCGCCCGCAUCCACGCCGCGUCCGCCGUCCGCGAGAAGCGCCGACAAGUGACCCUCCGCGCGGAGGCGGCCCGCGCAGACGUGAUCAUCAACGAGCUCAAGGCGGCCCAGAGCACGCGCGACACGUCCCGCACGCUGGCCCUCGCAUCGCGCGGCCUGGACGCCGCCUCCAAGAGCGUCAACCUCGAGACCCUCGUGUCGCAUGCGAACAACUUCCUGGCGCGCUCGGAGGACUUUAAGAUCGCCAGCAGCGCGAUUGAGGACGUCGCGCAGGGCGUGUCGAUGCAGGAGUACGGGGCGGAGGGCGAGGCGGAUGUCGAUCGGCUGAUGGAGCAGCUGGCCGAUGAUGCGGGUGUCGAUUUGCGGAUGGCGUUGGAGGCGGAUAAGGCGCCGAAUGAGGAGGUGAAGGUGCAGAAGCAGGCGGACACGGAGGUGGAAGAUGGAUUGGGGGCGAGGUUGCGGGCUCUCCGGGCUGCGACCUAG